UGUUAGGCCCACUCUCCCAAAGCAAAGCGGGAGAAAAGUGUUAGCCCGACCCACACAGCGCGCACACACGUCCUCAGCGGGACUGAAGGGAGCAGCACACACCGCCGCAGUCUUCAGGACGAGAUUACCGGAGAGAAAGAAGCACUCGUCGGCCCGUUGCCAUGGAGGGCGAGGUUGUUUCCAUGGAGACCACUCAGCCUGCUGCCCUGGCUUCUGAAGGGAAGGUCCUGCCAGAGGGCAGAGAGGCCUUGAUCCAAGGGGCAGCCAUGGCUCCACAAGGGGAGGUGGCUGGUAACAUGGAGAUGAUGGUGAUGGAUGCUCUCGAUCCGACUCUGCUGCAAAUGAAGACGGAGGUGUUGGAGGGAGGUGGCACAGUGACUGUCACUGGUGGAGAAGAGGGUCAGAUCAUCACCCUCCAGGUGGUGAAUAUGGAGGAGCAGGCAGGGGCGGCUUUAGGACUCGGGCAGCUUCAGCUGGUGCAGGUGCCUGUCACAUCAGGGACUGUAGAGGGGUUUCAGGCCACAUACGUUGAUGCUUCAACAGCUAACAAGGACGCAGAUCCGGUUAUUUGUCAUACUCUUCCCUUGCCUGAGGGCUUCCAGGUGGUGAAAGUGGGCGCCAAUGGAGAAGUGGAGACUGUGGAGCAGGAUGAGCUCCAGGCAGCCCACGAUGAGCUUCAAGGGACACAGGAAGAGGAUGAAGAGCCAGCAGAAGAGCAACCCCCUGAGAGCCUGCAAGACGACCCUGAUUGGCACAAGGACUCAGACUACCAGCCUGUUAGCGGUCUCCGUAAAGGAAAGAAAGGAAAGAAGAGCCGACUGCGCUAUGGAGAGGGUGAUCGUGGCAUGGACGUCUCUGUGUACGACUUUGAAGAAGAGCAGCAGGAGGGGCUGCUGUCAGAAGUGAAUGCUGAGAAGGUUGUGGGCAACAUGAAACCACCAAAACCCACCAAGAUCAAGAAAAAAGGUGUAAAGAAGACUUUCCAGUGUGAGCUCUGUAGCUACACCUGUCCACGUCGCUCCAACCUGGACCGACAUAUGAAGAGCCACACAGACGAGAGACCGCAUAAAUGUCAUCUGUGUGGAAGAGCCUUUAGAACAGUCACACUGCUGAGAAACCACCUCAACACACAUACAGGCACACGACCACAUAAAUGCCAAGACUGUGACAUGGCAUUUGUGACCAGUGGUGAGUUGGUGCGCCAUCGUCGCUACAAACACACACACGAGAAGCCCUUCAAGUGCUCCAUGUGCGACUAUUGCAGUGUGGAGGUGAGCAAGUUGAAAAGGCACAUCCGCUCUCAUACUGGGGAGCGGCCCUUCCAGUGCAGUCUCUGCAGCUACGCCAGCAGGGACACUUACAAGCUGAAGAGACACAUGAGGACACAUUCAGGUGAGAAGCCGUAUGAGUGCUACAUCUGCCACGCUCGUUUCACACAGAGCGGCACCAUGAAGAUGCACAUUCUGCAGAAACACACGGAGAACGUGGCCAAGUUCCACUGCCCACACUGUGACACUGUCAUUGCACGCAAGAGUGACCUUGGUGUUCACUUGCGGAAGCAGCACUCAUUUCUUGAAACGGGAAAGAAAUGUCGUUACUGUGACGCUGUGUUUCAUGAGCGAUAUGCUCUUAUCCAACACCAGAAGACCCACAAGAAUGAGAAACGUUUCAAGUGUGAUCAGUGUGACUAUUGCUGCAGACAGGAACGCCACAUGAUAAUGCACAAACGUACACACACAGGGGAGAAGCCAUUUGCCUGCAGCCAGUGUGACAAAACAUUUCGGCAGAAGCAGCUUCUGGACAUGCACUUCAAGCGCUACCACGACCCCCACUUUGUGCCCACCGCCUUCAUCUGCAGCAAGUGCAACAAGACAUUCACCCGCAGGAACACGAUGCUGCGUCACACUGAGAACUGCACAGGUGAAGAUGUCGAAGAAAAUGGAUCUCCACCCAAAAAGAGUCGCCGUGGCAGGAAGAGGAAGAUGCAGGCCAGGAAAGACGACGACGAUGAUGACGAUGACACAGAGGGUGACAUGGAUGAGGCAGAAGAUGAAGAGGAUCUGCUGGCUGAGAUUGAGAUGGAACAGGCCCCACCAGUCGUCCCCAUCCCGGCCCCUGUGGAGCCACCAGUCAAGAGGAAACGUGGUCGGCCCCCGAAAAACAAACCUGACACGGCUGCUAUCAUCCGUGUGGAGGAUGAAGCCACUGGAGAGGUGGAUGACAUCAUUGUGAAGAAGGAGGUCGGAGCUGACCAAGAUGAUCAGGAGGACGAGUCCGCUGAGGAGGUGGUGGUCGGCGGAAGGAAGUCGACCAUCCAGCUGGAGGAGUUGCCCCAGGGGGAGGAGGCGGCACAUGGGGUGCAGCUGUCAGAUGCCCCACCUAAUGGAGACCUCACCCCUGAGAUGAUCCUCAGCAUGAUGGACCGGUGAUGGAUACCAGGGGCCGACCCUGUAAACACACACCAGACCCUCGGUUCACAUUUUCUUUUAAUUCUUGGUAUUUGGGGUUAUAAAAACUUGCAUCAUGCACAGAAACAAACAUCACUGUUGUAAUUUAAGAUUUGCUUUUUAAUCAUGUAUUGAU